AUGUCACCAACCGCCAUUGGCGCCGAUCUGCCCCAGUGGUGUGGCAAGACUGAAAACUGCCCCCAAGCAUUACUCGGCUGGUUGUAUUUGACUCACGAUCAGAACGAUCAGUGGGUGCCAGGAUCAGUAUGGGGUCCGCUGCCGACUGCUGCGCCGGGCUCCGCCCCUCCUCCAGCGGACGACACGAGCUCCCUCGCCGAGCAACUGGCCGCGCUGUCGCUUCGAAGACCACCUCGGCCUCCGCCUCCGGCUUACAUGUGCCACUUGUGUUUCAAGAAAGGACAUUAUAUAGGAGAUUGUCCACAGGCGCGUCCAAAAGGCGAGGGUUUGACUCCUUAUCAGGGCAAGAAGCGGUGCUUCGGCGAAUACAAGUGUCCGAAGUGCAAGCGUAAGUGGAUGAGCGGCAAUUCUUGGGCCAACAACGGGCAGGAGUGCAUCAAAUGCCGCAUUAAUGUCUUCCCACACAAACAGAGGCCCCUUGAGAAACCUGAUGGAUUAGACGUCAGCGACCAAUCGAAAAUACAUCCUCAGCACCUCUGCCAGAAAUGUCGCUCCUUGGGAUAUUACUGCCGCAGGGAAUAUUAG